AUGGAACCACACCUGCGAGUUGUUACCGGUACGAUCGAUCGAGUUUUCACCGGACGCCAGCCGUGGCAGAUCGUUGCCAUAACUACGACUACGGUGCUCAGCGCAGUGUGGCUGUGUCAGGUGCUGUUCCAGGAGGAAAGCCUUUACAGACGAGCGAAAAAGAAGGUGUUCAAACUAGCUCGUCUCAUACCAGCGGUGCGAAGGAAGAUCGAUGCCGAAAUUAAGAAAAUAAACGACGGUUUCAUCAAGGAAAUCAGUCAGGCGGGUAACUACUAUACCGAAUUGCCAAACGAUGGCAUGAGCCAGAAUGAAAUACUCAAGCAAGUGGACGAAUACCUGGAACUGGGGCACUACCGAUGGAAGGAAGGAUACAUUUCCGGUGCCGUGUACUAUUACAAUCCCGAGCUGAUUCGGUUAGUGACGGAAGUGUAUGGUAAAGCGUCCUACACUAACCCGCUGCAUCCUGAUGUGUUUCCGGGCGUGUGUAAAAUGGAGGCAGAAGUGGUCCGGAUGACGGCUACUCUUUUUCACGGUGGCCCAAGUGCAUGCGGUACCAUGACAACGGGUGGAACGGAAUCGAUCAUGAUGGCCUGCAAAGCGUACCGCGAUUAUGCAAACGACCAGCGUGGUAUUACCAAACCCAACAUGGUACUGCCCGUCACUGCCCAUACAGGAUUCGAUAAGGCGGCCAAAUACUUGGGAAUCUUUACAAAGGUGGUGCCGAUAAAUGCUGACACGACCGAGGUGGAUAUCAGGGCGAUGGAACGGGCCAUCAAUCGCAACACGGUUAUGUUGGUCGGAUCGGCACCGAAUUUCCCGUACGGUACGAUGGACGAUAUCGAAGCGAUAGCGGCACUCGGGCGCAAGUACAACAUCCCGGUGCAUGUCGACGCAUGUCUCGGUGGGUUUUUGAUUGUGUUCAUGAAGCGUGCCGGUUAUCCGGUGCGCCCGUUCGAUUUUAGCAUUCCCGGCGUAACGAGCAUUUCGGCCGAUACGCACAAGUAUGGCUUUACGCCGAAAGGCUCAUCGGUAGUGUUGUACUCGGAGAAGGUUUACCGACAUUACCAGUACACCGUGACGUCCGACUGGCCAGGCGGUGUAUACGGUUCACCCACGGUAAAUGGUUCGCGUGCGGGCGGCAUUAUCGCAGCGACUUGGGCUACUAUGAUGAACUUUGGAUUGGAUGGUUACGUGGAGGCAACGAAGCGUAUCAUCGAUACCACUCGAUACAUCGAGAAAGAACUUCGUGCCAUCAAGAACAUCUUCAUCUUCGGUACCCCCGCUACAAGUGUCAUCGGGAUUGGGUCGCGUGAUUUCGACAUUUUCCUACUGGGCGGAGAGUUAAGCAAUCUGGGCUGGAAUUUGAACUCGCUCCAAUUUCCCUCGGGAAUACAUAUCUGCGUGACGUACAUGCACACGGAGGCUGGUGUGGCGGACAAGUUCAUCCAGGACGUCCGCAGUAAGGUGACAUUGAUCAUGAAGAAUCCAACCAAGCCCGUCGAAGGAAAGAUGGCCAUUUACGGUGUCGCACAGUCGGUCCCGGAUCGAGAACUUAUCGGAGAUUUCACCAGGUGCUUUAUCGAUUCCAUGUAUUACACGCCCGUCGAUAAGACGACCGAGUAA